AGGGUAUGUAGUUCUAGUGAUGUCCGGUGACAAGGGACAGAUGGGACUUCUGACAGCAGUGCAGGAUGAAUUUUAGACUGUUGCCUUGAACACUAGAAGGCCAUUAUGUUGAAAACUAUUGCCAGUACUGUUUUAAGAUGCCACAUUGGGCCGAGGAGAACGUCUUUUCAAUGCAGACAUUUUCAUGUACCUAUUAUGGUGGUUAGCAGGACAUAUACUGCCUCAAAAUCAGGUACAGAUGGGCAAAACUUUGGAGAAGAAAACCAAAAAACGGUUGAAAGCCUCUAUAAUUUGUCUGUCAAUUGUAAAAAGAUUCGCCAUUUAAAAGGUUGGGUUCUUUGUAAAGAGGAGGCUUACGUCGAAGAGACAGCUGAUAUCCUGAAAGAAAUGGGAGCAAACACCAUGAUGGUGGCCAAUAUUCUAGAGUCUUGUCCUGAGGCUUUUCUACAGGAGCCUGCAGAGAUCAAAGUCCAAAAAUCCAUCUGGAACUUGGUGUGUCCCAAAGAUCAGGAGCUGAUCACAAUUAUUGAAAAGUUCCCCGAUUCUUUCUUUGGUUAUAAGAGUUUCAAAAACCAACAAGACAACAUCAGGUACUUCCAAGACCUGGGACUUAGCAACAAAAUAGUUUGCAGGCUGUUAACAAGCGCUACGCAGAUCUUUUGUAAUCAGAUUGAAGACAAUAAGAAAAUCAUCGAUGCUCUGGGGGAAAAUUACUGUCGUCUGGGAGGAACAAAGGAAAACUUUAAAACUUGGUUAAAGAAAUUGUUAAGUCAAGAUCCAUUUGUGCUCUCCAGGUCCUCUGCGGCCUUUAAGGAGAACGUGACAUUUCUACAGAAUUUAGGUUUUACAGAUGCAGAAGUAUUGAAGCUUAUGUCCAAGCUUAAAGGUUUUAUCUUUGACAUGACCUGCAGCAAUAUGAAACUGGGUGUUCUGUUUACGAAAACUACCUUUGACUGUGGCGAUGAAGAGCUGAGGCGGCUAGUUAUGAAAUGUCCAGCUCUUCUUUAUUAUUCGGUUCCACUGCUCGAAGAUCGAUUGAAACAUUUAAUCCAAGAAGGCGCCUCCAUAAGCCAAGUUAAGGAGUACCCCAACAUUUUAGAGCUCACUCCACAAAUUAUACAGUUUAGAGCUAGAAAAGUGAAAGCGUUAGGCCGCCAAAUAAAGGACCAAGACUUGGAGGUACUUAAUGGGACUAAGAAAGAUUUUGAGGCUAAUUAUGUGAAGUUACAAGUCAGAAGAGAAAGACCGUUAUUUAACCCCGUCGCCCCACUAAAUGUGGAGGAAUGAUGAGGAAGUGCCAGUUCAGAUGGAAAGCAUGAAAUGUUUACAU